AUGUUUCGAUUCUGGACAUCUGAAUCACGGGGAAGCGACAAGACGCUGCCGGCAACACCACCCAUCGCAGACCUACUGAAGCCAUUUCAGUCACCUCUGUUACCAAAAACGGAGAUAUCAGCGUUGCCCGAGGUGCAGCCUCCCAAACGGAGACGGCCAAGCGUAUAUGUCGCUGAUGAAACGUCCGAUAUGAACGUGCCUAUAAAGCGCGCCAAGAUAGACCUAGAUGUAAUAGGCCACAGUUUCUCAGCAUCCGACCCAAACCCACAAGAAAGUCCUACGGCCUCUAGUUUGGACGAUGCCAGGGAUGAGAUUCGCCACCAGUUUGGUCUUGAAAUUUUGCUAAAGCAUGAUGAACUUCGGCUCAUUAACCAGGAACUCGCGAAAUGCCAGGUUGCUUUGGAGCAGCUCAGACGUUGCCAUCUCAUCCCAUACCCCGUGAAUUGCCCAACUCCUGAACAGAUGCUGAAUGUCAGUGCCGGAAAGGGACCUGCUAUUCAGAAACGUUCGGGGGAAGCUGUGCCAAGGUGGGCACCCCCAUUUGGUGUCGUUGAUGGUCCAUAUGCCAGACACUAUGCCAAGUGGCUUAUUCCUGAUCCUUCAUUUGAUGGCAUACAGCCCGAGUGGCAUUUUACUCCAGAAGCCUCACGCGCGAGAGCUUCGUUUGCUGAAGGGCGAACGACAAGAAAUAGCUUCACCGAAUCUGGAACUUCGCUCAAGGCCCGUUCAGGUCGUGGAGCUGGGAGCCAGAAGUUACAGUCUUUGUCAAGUGGCUAUCCUCAACCAAAAGACAAGGCUGGCCCAUGUAUCUUGAAGCGCGCCGAUGGGAAGACGGUAAAGUUGGUGUGUCUUGAUUGCAACCGGGAGAACUUUUCAAGUACUCAGGGAUUUAUCAACCACUGCCGCAUUGCUCACAAGAGGGACUUCAAGAGCCACGAGGAAGCAGCCGUACAGAGCGGUCAUCCAAUCGAAGUAACCGAAGGGGGGGCUGUUGGAGAGGAAAAGGGGCCUGCACCGACCGUCCCAACUCUGGCUUCCACUUCUGUGCAUCCUUUUGCCCAACCAGGUAUGACGGAACAGCAGGCAUACAUUGCUCUAAGAUCAAGAAUUGCCGAUUCGCUUAGGCUUUAUCACCAAGGCAAGCUGCCUGGCGUCACUCGUAUCCCUUCGCUUCGUGGCAAACCCCGUGGUCGUGAAGUGAAAAUGACUGGCUCUGUCGCAGGAGCUUCGGAUGUGCCCUUUCUCUCACAUCUCCUGCAAAGUCGGAAGUUCGACGGCAACCUGCGUGAACUGGUUGCAGAUGCAAAGACAAAGAUCGCACUGGACGAUAUGACCUCCGGUGAGGAAUCGGAGCCUGCUGAGACAUCACUUGACGAAAUAGAACCUGGAGAUCCGUCUGCUGUGCGGAAACCAGUCGUUAUGCGCGUGCCCGCAAAGGCUACUCAUUCUCCAACUGUCAUGGCCGCAUCGGUCCAUUCAGCCAGUAGCAAAGGCCGUGCUCCCCCAAUCGCUUUCAAGACGUCUGCAAACUGCGGAUCGCGUAAUGCGAAUCCUGUGCUUUCAGACGAAGAUUUGGACAUGGAAGAUGUUGACAUGAGCCCCAAUACCAUGAUCAGCAACAACGCCCCUUCUCUUGUUAGUGAUGAUGGAGAGUACGAUGAUACGGAUGAUGGCUCCUCUGUUUCCGGCACAAGUGAUCAUCUUGAAACCGAGUCAGUGUCGGAUGUAGAAGAGAUCACGUUGGAUGACGACCAGGAUUCGCGCUCACUGCGUCAGGGAUCCAGCGGCGCAUCAGGCGCCGUAAGGCUUCGUAAGGACGACCCCAAGCAUGUUACUCUGAUGACGCCAGUCAAGAGUAAUGCCAGGGAACGAAGGUCGCGUAAACUCUGA